UGAUUGUAAGUAUUUAUUGAAAGUUUAAUCAUGUCGAAUACAACAUACGAUGAACUUUGGAAAAACGCACAAGCUAUGUUAGAUGAACUUCUUGACAUGGAUUCAAGUUUGCAAAACGCUAAACCACAAAAAGAUCGUAAAAAGGCUCAUAACGUGACUUCGGAAUUAUACGUAAGAUAUAUUUUUGUCUGUAAUAAAUUAGAAUUGUGUUAUGAUCAGAUAAUACAACCGCAAAAACGAGUAUUAAUAAAAAAAUUAUUAGACUCGUGCCUUGGAAGAGUAUUGGAAUUAAAACAUGAAUUGGUGGAAAUAGAUCUUUCGGAAUAUAGCUAUUUCGAUGACAUUCUAAUGAAACUGAACGUUACACCGCAAGAAAUUGAACUUCAAGUACCAAGAUAUUUUAAGCGGGAAAACAUGAAAGAGAUCGAUGAAAGGCGAAAAUUUAUAGAAAACACUCUUAGAAAUAUAGGUGCUCUGAAUGAAGUAAUACCAUUAAAACAAAUGACUGAAUCUGAAGCUAUAAGACUUAUACAGGCUCAUGAACGUGCUCGACAAAGCCGAAUAAGAUUUCAAUUUAUGAAAGAGAUUCGUCGGAUGAAAGAAAAGUCUAUAAUUAAAACAGAAGCAGAGAUACAAGAUGAAUUAAGUAAAAUAGCAGCUGCAACAAAAAUUCAAAAAGUUUGGAGAGGAUAUGUUACUAGGCAAAAAAUUCGAAAAAGACGUCUCGAGGAGAUGUUAUUAAUUGGGAUGCUUCAACCAAGUCAAGUAAUUACUGAAAAUGCUAGACAAGCUGAAAGAACUAGACAAGAAAGAUAUGAUAAACAAAUUAAAUAUCAAGAAUUAUAUGAAAAUUUGAUGAUUGAAACCAAAGAAAGAAUACGUAAAGAAAAAAAUGCUAUAAUAGAAGAGAAUAUAAGGAGUGAGGUUCGGAACUGGAUUAACAGUUAUUUUCAACAAACAGGAAAAAUUCCUGAUUUGCCAUCUGUCGAGAGUGGUGGAUCUAGAAUUAUAUUGAGUAGGCAGGGAACUGAAAGUACUAUCAGUAAAUCUACAGCAGCGUCAUCAAAAGAGUCCAGGAAAUCUAAGAAGUCAAAAUCAAAGAAGGAUAGCGAAGGUGAACAAUCAGAAGAAGAGACAGAACAGGGUUUCAAAUCAAUGCCUUCUAAUUUUUUAUCGGAACUAGUGCAUGCUAGUCAAGAAUAUCAAGAAGUAUGGAAAAAUAAAGACGAAUCUAUGAAUGCUGCACAAUUUCCAUAUUUGGAUAUGAUAGAAAGUGAUAAAGCUAAGGAAGUAGAAAAUGAAGUUAGAAUCACUGUGGAUCAAGAACUUAGGGGUGACAUUGAAGCCCUGCAAAAUGCAUUAGAUAGAGAUAAAGGUUUUAAAGGUAAACGUAUAAAAAAAGGACAAAAACGAAUUCGCCAUAGUGGAAAAAAGAAUAAAAAAAGAAAAGAGAAAGAUCUAACACCUGAUAGAACAACAGAGUCUUUAUUUGAAGAAUUACUAACUCAGGGUAUUAUUAAGCUUCAUAGAGAGAUUUCACUCGGUGAUUUUAAAGGUGAAAAAUCUUUCAUAAAUCACAACUUAAGAGAAAAAGGAAAAGAUCCUUUACCAACGCUUGGAGAUAUAAGACAGUUAAUAACUGAAUACUGUAUUCUUCCCCUGGGAAACAAUACUCUAAGAGAACUGACACCUCUUGUAAGAUCAGUGUUAAUAGCUGGACCUCGUUACAGUGGGAAAAAAAUGUUGGUGAAUGCAAUUUGUACAGAACUUGGAGCUACUUUGUUUGAUAUUACGCCCGCUAAUAUUGCUGGAAAAUAUCCUGGAAAAUCGGGCUUAAUCAUGCUUGUCCACUUAAUAUCAAAGGUGUCACGCUUAUUACAACCGUCAGUGAUAUUUAUGGAUGGAGCAGAAAAACUAUUUACAAAAAAAGUCGCAAAAACAGAUAAAACAGAUCCGAAACGUUUAAAAAAGGAUCUCCCUAAAUUAGUCAAAAACAUUACAAAUGAAGAUAGAGUAAUAUUAAUUGGUACUUCAAGUUCACCAUGGGAUGGAGAUCAAAAACUUUUAUAUCAGACUUAUGAUAAAGUUAUAUAUAUUCCUAGACCAGAUUAUGGAACUAUGUCUCUUGUGUGGAAGGACUUAUUAUAUAAAUAUUCUGGAAUUAAUAGACAAUUUGAUACAUCUGUUAUUGCUAAAGUUUGCGAUGGAUUUACCAUUGGAGCUGUAUUAACGUCGAUCAACGAGGUAAUGACGACAAAACGAAUAGUACAAUUAAAAACGCAUCCUUUGACGUACGGUGAAUUAAUAAACGCAGUAAGCACGAAAAAUCCGAUCUAUUGUGAAGAAGAAGAUGCUUUUUUAGCAUGGCUCGCAAAAACACCGAUAUAUCGUAAGAAACAACGAAUGCAUGAACAGGAGCUUCAAAAAUUGAAAGAGGCAAAUGAAAAGCAAAAGAAAAAAGGGAAAAAAUCCACACGAAUAAAUUUGCUUAUUCCUACUGAAAAAUAAAACAUAACUGACGAUUUCAAUGAUUUAUGAGUAUACAUAUAUGAGCCAUUAUUUUUGAUAAUGGUAUAAGUCCAUUUUUGAAAGAAAAUGAGUUAAUGGUAGUUUUAUAUACUGAUUCCUUCCCACAGAUCAAUGUACAUUUGAUAAUAUACUCAUAAAUUAAUAAGAAAAAGUUGGACUGUAAAAUAUUAUCGUAGGAAUGUUUUUGUUGAAAGUGGAAUAAGUCCAUUCGUAAUAAUAAUAGAAGCAACUUUGCCUUUGAAUAUGGAUGGAGAAAUUAUACAUUGACUGAAAAUAUGCUGGAUCAGAUUUAAAAGGGAUGAACCGCUCAAAAUCUUUUACAUACAGUGGACUAGUAUGAAAAAAAAUGCUCCAUUUAAAGUAAUUUUUUUAUUUGGGAAACAAGGAAAACCUAAACAUCUCAGCAAAAUUACUAUGUGUCCACUAUAUAAAACUUCAAGCCCUAUAAACAGGGAGAAAUAUAGCGA